UAAAUUCAACCGAUAGAGUGGAAAGAAAGUGAAACGGGAAAAACAAAAUCGAACAAUAUGGAAUACAAAGUUACACCGCCGGCGGUGCUCCGGGAGCCACUUGUUGUGCCAAACAAACUGCUGAUGGGACCCGGGCCAUCGAACGCCCCUCAGCGUGUUCUGGAUGCCAUGGCAAGCCCCAUUCUCGGUCACCUGCACCCUGAGACGCUUAAAAUCAUGGACGACAUCAAGGAAGGUGUUCGGUACUUGUUCCAAACGAACAACAUCGCUACAUUCUGCCUCAGUGCCUCCGGUCACGGGGGAAUGGAAGCUACGCUGUGCAACCUGCUCGAGGACGGUGAUGUGAUACUGAUCGGUCAUACCGGUCACUGGGGUGACCGGGCGGCUGAUAUGGCCUCUCGCUACGGAGCCGACGUACGGGUCGUGAAAUCGAAAGCUGGCAAAUCGCUCAGUCUGGACGAGAUUCGUGAUGGUCUGCAGCUGCACAAGCCAUCCGUCCUGUUCUUGACCCAGGGGGAGUCCUCGACCGGGGUGCUGCAGGGGUUGGAAGGCGUGGGGGCCCUGUGCCAUCAGCACAACUGUUUGCUGAUUGUGGACACGGUUGCAUCGCUGGGCGGUGCUCCGGUGUUCAUGGACCGAUGGGAAAUCGAUGCCAUCUACACGGGAUCGCAGAAGGUGCUGGGAGCUCCACCGGGCAUCACUCCGAUGUCGUUCAGCCACAGAGCGGUAGAACGCUUCAAGAGCCGGAACUCCAAAGUCAAGGUCUACUACUGGGACAUGUCGCUGGUCGGUGACUAUUGGGGUUGCUUCGGAAGACCCAGAAUCUACCAUCACACAAUUUCUUCAACCCUGUUGUACGGCCUGCGGGAGGCAAUUUCCAUGGCUUGUGAAGAAGGACUCCCGGCAUUGAUCGCCCGCCAUCAGGACUGUGCCAAGCGGUUGUACCGCGGACUGCAGGAUGCCGGUUUCGAGCUGUACGCGGAUCCCAAGGACCGUCUCUCAACGGUGACGACCAUCAAGGUUCCCCAGGGUGUAGAUUGGCUGAAGGCCGCACAGUACGCUAUGAAGACGUACUUGGUCGAGAUCAGCGGAGGACUGGGACCUACAGCCGGACAAGUAUUUCGAAUUGGACUCAUGGGCCAGAAUGCGACAACUGAACGGGUGGAUCGAGUUUUGCAGGUCUUCAAGGAGGCGGUUGCUGCCGUGAAGCCCGACUAUCAGGUCAAGGGUAAAAUGUAACCAGCAGUUAAAAAAUAAUAAAGAUUUACUUACCCCA